CGCACACAACGCUCAUGCUUUCCAAACAUGCGUUUGGUUUGCUUGUAGCAAGUUAAAAAUAGCUUUAUUUCAUAACCUAACCGAUAGACAGUUGUAGAAUACCUUCAUGAAGUUAUAAUACGCCCGCGACAGCGAUAAAGUACUUCCAGUUUCUUUUUCAGGACAAAAAUGUCAGUAUGUGACAAUUUGCUAGAGGAAAGACUUCGAUCCGAGCUGGUGCUUAAGGCUAACCUAAAGACAUUGAGAAAGACCCUUGAGCAGCAGCUGCAGGAGAUGAAGAGGAGACAGACAGAGGAGCUCGAUAAAAGGAUUCAUUGGAACACUCUGUUAUUAACAGAUACAAAUCUAAAUGAUGACAUCGAAAGAUUUGCAGGAAGGAGGUCCACCCUUGUGUCUGCUCUGAAGUCAGAAAAGGAGGCCUCCCUCCAUGGAAAACAGAGGCCUAAUAUGUCUUCUAUCUCUGUGCUACCUUCAUCAAAUCCCAAGCACUGUUAUGUCAGCACUCAGCAGUGUGAAAGGUGCUAUUUAUCUAAAACAACACAACAGAAGAGAGAUGAGGAGGCUGAGUCCGAAUGCAAGAAGAAGUUCAGCGCUGCUCCCGUCCCCACCUGUGUCAUUCAGCCCAUCUACCAGGAGAUGAUGGAGCUCAGAGAGAAAGAGAGGAAAGAGGGCCAUGAGCAGAGAAAGGAGUUCCUGCUCUCCAUUCAGAAACCUUUUAGCUUUGAGCAGAGGGACAAGAAAACAAGGGAGAAGGUGCCAGCAAUAUUAAACCAGGUUUCUGAGGAUCCAAAAAACAGCAUUAGUGUUAAGAAAACUUCUCAUAAAAUUAUUAAGGAUUCAAGACAGCAGAAAGGCCAGCUGGAUAUUCCCAGAAACAUCCAGGAACGAAUAUUGUCCAAGCAACAGAAUCAGACUCAGGCUGGAAGCUGCCUGAAACUUCACAGCGCUGAUCACAGCAGAAAAAAAAAGCUGGGUUUCUUGGAUGAGAAGCCGACCUUCAAGCCAAAAAUCAUCCCUCAAGUCCCAGAUUUUAAAAGGCUGCACAAGGCGCUGCCAAAGGAAGCACUGGAGAAAAAGCAGGGUCAGGAAGCGACAAAGUGUCAGCCCUUCUUCCUGAGGACAUCAGCUCUACCUGCAAGGAAACACAUGAAGAGUUCUGAGACAUCAAAGGUAUCUAAAAUGAAUAAUCUCAGUAGGAGCAAGUCGCUUGGAGCCCUAACACUGAUAUCUGCAGACACUCUACCCACGUAUAUCACAGAUGCUGCGAGGCAGCGCUGUGCAGCCAUCAGAAAAUCAAUAGAGAUGAAGGAAAGUAAAAAUCAAGAGAGUACAGAGUGGUUAAAGAGCUACCAGAUGAGAUCCCAAGCAAUGAAGAAGACUGUCGUUCUUCAUGCAAAGUUGCUGGAUCCCCACAGCAGCCUGAAAGACGUAUGUAAUGAAAAUCUACAGCGCCAUCGGGAAGCUGAUCGACAAAGAAUGAGAGAUUAUAUAAGAGAAUUACAAGACAUGAAAGCCCGAGUUAGUGAGAGACCUUAUUUGUUUGAACAAGUGAAACAGAAAAAUGCAAAGGUCCAUGCAGAGCAGACAUACAAAGGAAAGCUGCAGAAAGCCGGUAUAAAAGAGCAGUUUGUUGAAGAAACUGGAAAAUCGUUCAUACUAGAUGAUGCUGACACCGAUACAGUUAGCCACGGUUCUGAAGAGGAAACCCAAAACAGGGAGGAAAAUGUAGACGACGGGGAGAAAAUUGAAGAUGUGGAUGAGAAGAGCGUGAAGUCCAAAGGGGAAGAAAUGCCAUGAUGAAAAAGCUUCAGGAAGAGCUGAGUUUUUGUGGUGUCCCAAGUUGAAAAGAACACUGUCUUUAAAAAAUGAUCUGUGUCACAGUGAACACCGAAGACCUGAUUGUUUAUGAUGCACACCUAUAAAUUAUGAAAAUAAAAGUCAUGGGGACUUGACACUCCAAUCGUUUAAACUGAAUAUAAAUUAAAUUUUAUUCUACUUUAUAUGUUAUUGAAUAACUACUAUUUUACAAACAUGAUUUUUUGAUGUUAACACAUAGAUUAACUGUUUUCUUAGUUCUUUUUUAGGCUUAUUUGUUUUAUAAAAUGACCUAACAUAAAUAUUUGGUCUUUGCUGAUCAACCGAUUUACUACAUUGAAAGUUUAAUCCAAUUAAUUCAGUAUAAAGGUCAAAUAAACUUAAAAAAACAAACACCUUUCUGGAAGACUCUGCUACCAGCAGAUUUAUUGGUGACACAUCAUUCUGUCAGUAUUGGGUAGAAAAGGAGCAUCUUCUGGGACAGAUUUACUAUCAAGUGUAAUUUAGCAUCUGGUUGCAAAUCAUAAAUAGCGCCUGUGGGAGUGCCUAUUUCAAAACUGAAGUGAUCUGCAAACAAAAACAUCAACAGGCCAGUUCAGAAGUGACCAAAGCCAGCUAACAGCAAGGGUAAGAAAUAGCACAACACCACAAAAAACAGACCUAUUUAUAAUCAGAAGUCGACAAAUACAACAAAGCAGCUUAAAUGUGGUUGAAAAAUCAAACUUGUUGCUAUGUCAAAAUAAAGAUGUACCUAACUGCAUCCUGUUCUAUCCAGAGUAUCUGUAAACACCGUCAGUGCUAGUGAGAAAUGUAUAUAAGUUCACUGUGUGCAUGCAUAGAAACAUUUGCUGGUACUCUUGUUUAUUGAAAGAAAGAUUCCUAUAACUGUCACUGAGACUUUAGCUCCUCUCAGCAGGUAUAUAGUUUCCCUUCUCAUGAGCCAAUUGCUGUGGUUGUCUCAGGUUUGAAGGCUGCCUUUUCCUGAUGACCUUUUUCAGCUCUUUCCAAAGAUGCUCAAUGGAUUAAAGUCAAGGCUCAUAGAAGGCCACUUUAGAAUAGUCCUCUUAGCCAUUCUUGGCGGGUUUUAUUUGUCUGUUUUGGGUCAACUUCCUGUUGCAAGCCCAUGACCUGUGACUGAGACCAAGCUACAUGCUUCACACCAGGGACAAUGUUCUUUCCUUGAUAUGCUUCCUUUUCUGUCCCUUGGCAAAAUGUUCCAUCUUUUCUCAUCGGCCCAUAGGAUGUUCUCUGAGUAGCUUUGUGUAUAAGGAAGCUUAUCUUCCUUAUACAAACUCCACAUUUAAGCAAUACUUAUUAAUUUCAAUAAGCCUGAGGUCUGGGCCAGUCCUAAAGAUUGACUUUAGCUUUUCCAAAACUCUGCUUGGAAUCAUUAUCCUGUUAGAACCCCCGCUGUUGAAUCAAGUUGAAGUUUUUUUUUUAAAUAAUUGAACUUUAUUGUUCUCAUAUUGGAGAAAUUUAUCUUUGCAUUUUACACAUCCACUUGGGGAGCACUGGGCUUCCACUGUGUGGCGCCUGGGUAGCAGUGUGGGGUUAAGGGUCUUGCUCAGUGACCCAGAGUGGAGGCUGUGGUGAAAGAAUCGGGUACUUGCAACCUUUUCAGAGCAUAAGCACAGUGCUCUAACCACUAGACAAACACUCCCCCCACCUGAAGAUUGGGGAAUGUUAAAUAAUUUUGAGGUGGUUCUCCAGCUGUAUUAAUACACAUACUUAAAAAAAUGCACCUAAACUCAAAGCAGACACAUUACAUCAUAUUACCACCACCAUGCUUGACUGUUGGUGAUCUCUGCUUGGCUAUAUCAAGCAUAUUUUUGUCAUUAGCUAAAUCCUGGUUAACUUCAAACAUAAAAUGUUUCUCAAGAAAUAAUUUUGUUCAUCUGUGUCAAUGCAAGUCUUACGUGAAUUUUAAAGUGUGCAUUCCAGGGUAGGGGCUUCUGUUUCAAUUAGCCCCCUCUCUGUUUGUGUUAAUAUUAAUCCUGUUACACUGAGGAACCAUAAUAGAGUGAAUGAAAUGCUGAUACAGUGGCUGUUCCUAAGGAACUAAUUUCCAAGUUCAUGCAGAUAGUUUUGGUUGGAUUGUUGAAACUUUUUCUUUGUUGGGUGUUCACCAGAAUAAUGAUAGCACAUGUGAUAACAUUAUUUUAUGACAUGGCCCUAAUCUCAGCCCUACUGCACUGCAAAAAUGAUCUAGAAAUAAGUAAAAAAUUCUUAAAUUAAGUGCAUUUACCCUUUAUUUGAGUGGGUAAAUGCGACGAU